AUGAGCCAGAAAAGCCCAGAGGAGCAGGAGCCUAUCUCCUGUUUCUGUAGCAUGAGGCAGGUUGAUGUAGAAGUACACCACCUGGACAGGACGCUAGUCUAUCGCAGGGCCUUACCCCCAGGGCCUUACCCCCAGGGCCUUACCCCCAGGGCCUUACCCACAGGGCCUUACCCCCAGGGCCUUACCCCCAGGGCCUUGCCCACAGAGCCUUACCCCCAGGGCCUUACCCACAGGGCCUUACCCCCAGGGCCUUACCCCCAGGGCCUUACCCCCAGGGCCUUUCCCACAGGGCCUUACCCCCAGGGCUUUACCCCCAGGGCCUUACCCCCAGGGCCUUACCCCCAGGGAGUCUCAACUCACCACAACCUCCCCCUCACCGCCCACUCCCCGAACCCAGGAGGCCCCACUCCCCCAAGCCUCACCCUCACCGCCCACUCCCCGAACCCAGGAGGCCCCACUCCCCCAAGCCUCACCCUCACCGCCCACUCCCCAACCCAGGAGACCCCACUCCCCCAAGCCUCCCCCUCACUGCCCCGCUCUCUGACCCAGGAGGCCCCACUCCCCCAAGCCUCCCCCUCACCGCCCACUCCCCCAACCCAGGAGGCCCCACUCCCCCAAGCCUCCCCCUCACUGCCCCGCUCUCUGACCCAGGAGGCCCCACUCCCCCAAGCCUCCCCCUCACCGCCCACUCCCCGACCCAGGAGACCCCACUUCCCCAGACCCAGGAGGCCCCACUCCCCCAAGCCUCCCCCUCACCGCCCACUCCCCGAACCCAGGAGACCCCACUCCCCCAAGCCUCACUGCCCAGAUCCCCAACCCAGGAGGCCCCACUCCCCCAAGCCUCCCCCUCACCGCCCACUCCCCAAACCCAGGAGACCCCACUCCCCCAAGCCUCACUGCCCAGAUCCCCAACCCAGGAGGCCCCACUCCCCAAGCCUCACCCUCACCGCCCACUCCCCGAACCCAGGAGACCCCACUCCCCAAGCCUCACUGCCCAGAUCCCCAACCCAGGAGGCCCCACUCCCCAAGCCUCCCCUCACCGCCCACUCCCCCAACCCAGGAGGCCCCACUCCCCAAGCCUCACCCUCACCGCCCACUCCCCAACCCAGGAGGCCCCACUCCCCCAAGCCUCCCCCUCACCGCCCACUCCCCCAACCCUGGAGGCCCCACUCCCCCAAGCCUCACCCUCACCGCCCACUCCCCGACCCAGGAGGCCCCACUCCCCCAAGCCUCACCCUCACCGCCCACUCCCCCAACCCAGGAGGCCCCACUCCCCCAAGCCUCACCCUCACCGCCCACUCCCCAACUCAGGAGGCCCCACUCCCCCAAGCCUCCCCUCACCGCCCACUCCCCCAACCCUGGAGGCCCCACUCCCCAAGCCUCACCCUCACCGCCCACUCCCCGACCCAGGAGGCCCCACUCCCCCAAGCCUCCCCUCACCGCCCACUCCCCCAACCCUGGAGGCCCCACUCCCCCAAGCCUCACCCUCACCGCCCACUCCCCGACCCAGGAGGCCCCACUCCCCCAAUUAAGACUUUAGGAGCACCAAUGUGGCAUCGCUCCCUGCCCCCUCCACACAGCCCUGCCCCCUCCACACACCCCUGCCACCCCCACCCCCCCACGCCCUCCACACAGCCUUGCCCCCUCCACACAGCCCUGCCCCCUCCACACCCCCCUGCCCCCUCCACACCCCCUGCCCCCUCCACACACCCCUGGCCCCUCCACACCCCCCUGCCCCCUCCACACAGCCCUGCCCCCUCCACACAGCCCUGCCCCCUCCACACAGCCCUGCCCCCUCCACACAGCCCUGCCCCCUCCACACAGCCUUGCCCCCUGCACACGCCCCUGGCCCCUCCACACCCCCCUGCCCCCUCCACACAGCCCUGCCCCCUCCACAACCCCCUGCCCCCUCCACACACCCCUGCCUCCCCCACCCCCCCACGCCCUCCACACAGCCCUGCCCCCUCCACACAGCCCUGCCCCCUCCACACCCCCCUGCCCCCUCCACACACCCCUGGCCCCUCCACACCCCCUGCCCCCUCCACACAGCCAUGUCACCUCCACAACCCCCUGGCCCCUCCACACCCCCCCUGCUGUGGCACAUUGUCCCUAUGA